CAUAUUAAGCACCAACUUCAGGAAGAAAAUUUAUUUUUUGUGUUUGACUGGAUGAAAACAUUCAAGGAAACAACUGUCUAGACAUGAUGACAAUAAACCCUCUAUUACUGGAACAGUGGGAAAAGAGCUUGCCUUCAGUAAGCAGUACUUCCCAAAAAAGUCAUGAACUGUUUGCCAGGCUGUCAUGUGCUCAAAUAAUUAUUUCAGAUAUUCAUUCUUCAUAAGAAGUUCUAUGUAUAAUUUCCCAAAGUGGAACACAUCGAUGGUCUAUGGAUCUGUGUUUUUGUCCAUGAACAAAACUUUGUUCUGUUGAGAGCUGAAAGGUGCCUUACACCCAUCACUGCCAUGUCAGGGGCAAUUCUUCAUGAGACCCACACCUGUGUCGUGGCAUAAUUUUAUAAUACUUGCCAUAUGAACUGUGUGAAAAGGGAUUAUGGGGGCACAGGAAAUUAGCGCAAAAAUUGAUAUUAGUAAAAUAAUGCUGAUGAUGGUUACAAUAAAACCAGUAGGGCCAUUUCUGCUCUCUAAUGAUUUCCCUGUGGUCAAGACUCAAUCCAGACAAAAAUUCAAGGGAUAUCCUCCUGAUACUAAGGCAGGAACAGAUUUCUGAAUUAAAAAGAAAAUAGAGAAAUUUAAUUUGUCUCUUUUUUUUAUGGGAGCUUUAAUUUCACAUCCCAGUCCUGGAAGUUGCUCCAUUGGGAUUAGCUCCUGUGCCUGCACAGCUUCAGCCUGGAACUAAAAACCAAAAUUAAGUGAGCCAGAUAAUCAGAAAAGCAAAAUGAGUAUGAAUUGAAAGCAAAAUUCACAAUUUAGUUUCAUGAUGCAAGCAAAAGUGACAAAUGGGUCACUUUGAUUUCAUCUGACAGAGAUAAGAAAAUGGGUAGUUUCUUUAAACCAAGAGCUUUUUUCUACAUCUAGCAAAGUCGGGAGACGUUAUCAAAAAUACAUCAGGCUCUGUCUUAAUUCAAAGACUGCUGAAGGGUUUUUUUAGAUGCUUACGGCUUUUUCAUCAACUGUUUGACUUCAUGUAUCAGGUUUAAGGUGGCCUGAUACUCUAUUCUGAGUUAUUACUUGAAGAACUCUGAAUGAGUCAGCUUUUUGGUUUCUGAGGAAUGUGUGGUGCUUCUAGGAAGUCAACUCGGAGCUCAGGGCCUGUAGAUAUGGCUUCUGAUUUGCAUAGCCAGACUGAUGGCUCAAGGAAUACAGUUUUACAUAAUAAACAUGAACUCUAGAUCUGGGUACAGGAGACUUUCUUCACAUGAAAGUCUCCCCUUUUACACAUACUUACAGAAUCAGUCAUUCUGCUGGCUUUGUUUCCCUCCUUUGCUUGCCUCUCCAGUUGUGUCAUUCUCAUAUUCAUGAAGUAGCCCCAUCUUUUAUCUCAAAAAAUGCAUCCAUUUGGGACCUCUUGUCUGUUUUCUACUUUUGUGUCCGAAAUAAAUACUCCAGUCACAUUUUCAAGCUUUAUUUCACAACAGUGAAAAUAUAAGCUGAAAUUCUUGCACAACCACUUGAUCUAAGGAGCUUUAAGGAAAAUGCUGAAUACAAAACUUGUGGUAAAAGUUGGCAAUAUGGAGAUUGACAAGAAGAGCAUGUUUGCUUUGCAUUUUGAUUAUUAACCUGCCUUUCAUUCACACUUUGCAGACGUACCUGAUUCUGAUCUGGACUUUUUAUGACUCCAGAUCUCAGUAGUGAUGGGGAAAAACUUGGUACAGGGAUUAGCUCUUAGAACAGGCUCAAGAUGUUUUGUAUUUGGGUAUGUCGAGCUUGGUGUGUGUCCUCACAGCCCCUCUCCACUUUUAUGCCACCUUUAGCUGGCUGAUAUCAGUCAGCACAUUUCAGAUGGGAAAUGGUAAUUAGGCAGGCUAUAGAUAAGGAGUAGCACCUUAUCAGUGCUACAAAUAUUUUCAACAGCUAAAAUAACCCCAAGCAAACAAACCACACCGCCCCCCCUCCCCAAGAUUACAUGAAGUUUUACCUCCUUUGCAGAUGAAAAGCACAAAAAGGCCAGGCCUAGUCUGAGAGGACAUCCUAAGCUUUGCCAGCAGUUUACAGACAGAGACUCCAACUAUUCAACAAGCAAUUUCAGAGUGAACAGUCUCAGAAAACAGGGAUGCUACUUGAAGUUCUAAUGCUAAUGGUUCCUGGGGGAUUACAGGCAGGGCAUCUUGUCCCAGGGCCUCCUGGUCUGUGAACACCAAGCGACUGAAGCUCAACCCCAGGCCUCACUGACAGGCUGCUGUCUGAGUCACUCCGUGGUGAAGCUUCCUAAAGGAUUGCCCCUUCUUCUCUCUGGCGACCAGUGACAGGAGGGAAUAGCCUGGAGCUGUGCCAGGGGAAACGUAGGCUGGAUUUUAGAAAAAGGCUCUUCACCGACAGGAUGGAGGGAAGCGGUCACAGCACCGAGAAGCGUUUGGGCCAUGCUCUCAGGCACAUGGUGUGAUUCUUGUGGCUGACCUGCUCAGGGCCAGGAGCUGGACUUUGACGAUGUUGACACUUCUGAGAAUUCAUCAGCACUCUACGUUGUAAAUGUUGAAAGAAAUGGAAAAAUUAUUUAUACCUGGAAAGAAAACCAGAGAAACACUCACAUUGGGUUGUAUGAUCUUCAAACGAAACAAAAUGAGCACCUCUAUAUGUUUGAGAAGAAUCUGCACAUAAUCAGCUGUUCAAUCAACAAUGAAAGGACCUUAUUGGCAGUCAGCUUCUGUCAAUAUACAGAGGAAGAAAGAGCAACUCAGCUCUUACAGUCAGGUACUGCAAGUGGAUUUCUUAAUACUGUUUGAAAUAUUGUACCUUUUUGUUUUCUUUCUCAGGUAUUUCUGUUCAGAAAACAAACUUGCUUACAUAAAAGAAUAUUAUCUAAAACAUGUUCUUUUUGCAGUGUCCAAGUAUUUAACCUUGCUAAUUGAAAUUCAUCCCAUUAAUAAUGUGAGAGUCCUAAAAGCUGUGGAUAGCUGUGUUCGAGUACAGUUUCUUUAUCCAGUUGAAGACAGAAAUGCUUCUAGAGAAAGUCGUCUCUUGCUAGUUUCAGAAGAUAAAUAUAUUGAACAAUUUGACAUUCAUGUUGUUGCAGAAGAACAUAAAGUGGUGAUUCAAAAGUCAGGUCAGCUUCCAAGAGCCAAAGUUGUAGAUGACCUCGUUUGGGCACAGUGGGAUAUGAUGGAGCAAAGACUCUUCUACAUUGUUCCAAAGGAAUCAAAGAGUACUUUAAGGUGUGUCCAGUUUUAUCCUGAGGAAAAUUUUAUCUCAAUACUGGAAUCACACCUGGAUAUUGCUCUAAAUGACACACAAUUAAAACUUGUGAAUUUUGGAUAUGAUUACUGUCAAGAUCAAGAUGUUGCAUCUAAAUCUUUGAACCUUCAGGUUUUCACAAGUAAAGCAGGAGGCUUGUGUGUGUGUUGUAGUAGAGUCUCUGAUAUUCCUCAUGAGAUCAUAUACUCCAUAUAUUUUUUACAUAAAGGUUACAACAAAACUUUUACAGUUUCUCUAGAAAGAGCAGAAUCUCGUCAAUUGAAGGAAGUGGCUUUUAUGAAUCUUGACUAUUAUGUAGCUGCUUAUUUGCCUGGCCAGUUCCUGCACCUCCUGAACAUUCAACAUCCUGACAUGCUGUGCUACAGUUUGUUUCUGACAGGUGAGGAUGCAAGAAUUGACACGUUACAAAACUGUUCCAUCCGUUCCCCCUGGGUGUCAGCAGUCCUGGAUUGCAAUGCAGGAAGUCUGUUUGAUGUGAGCAUCAGUGACAGUGCCUUGCUACAGCUCCUAGAGAAGAGCAAACGAGACUGUGAGAGACUGGCAGCUCUGCAUUGUGCCCUGCUCUACUUCCAAUACACAGAAGACUUGGAAAUGCAGAUUAUUCGAUGGAUUUCUGAGAACCUGUCAACAUGUCAUUCUUUUGACCCCAUUCAAGAAUUUAUCAUUGCCUCCCUGUACUGCAGAAUGUGUCCAGAAACUCAGAACCUGGAUAAACUCCUGCCCUACACAUCACUGCAUGACUGGAUUGGGGCUGUCCCUGGAGUAAUAUGUGCCACAGACAUUAUUUCUCUGCCUGUGUUAGAGUUCCAAAACUCCAAAGGCUUCUGGGAGAAACUCAACUCAAACUUGGAGAGUGUGAAGUAUGCAGAGCCACACUUGCACUACCACAGUAAGGUGCUCAGGAGGGAAUGGCGUAACCUUUCAGAAGAGAGAUGGAGAAGAAGAACCACAGCAUAUUUGAGGAAUAUUUUUGAAAAUGCCAAAAAGGUGCUUUCUCAUCUGGAUACCUGGGACUCUGAGGCGAGGCUGGUACCUCUCUUUGAAGAGGAGGAUUAUCAGCAGCAGUUGCUCAUGGGACUGAUGGUUGCUCAGCUCAAGGAUCACCUUAUGAGACAUCUACAAUAUGUUGGAAAAAAGAAGAUCGACCAGAUAGUUUUGGAUUAUGUUGCAAACCUGCUGAAUCUGGUGCAUCGAAUAAUGAAAGAAGUUUGGAGGAGAUACCAGCUUCAUUCCUGUAUCUUCUGCUUUGAUGAGAGAGGAAGCGCAGCAGAGUUUGCGGUGUUCCACAUCAUGAGUCGGAUCCUGGAAGCAGCAAAUGGCAUGUGCAUGCCUUUACCUCCUGGUUUUCACACUCUGCACCUGGGACUUGGUGUUCGAUGUCUGCCUCUGCACACCCUCCUGCACUAUAUUGACAAUGGCAUCUUGCAAUUGACAGAAACGUGUGUCAGGAAAUUGCUGAAAGAUCUGGAUGACACUGAACAGAAUGAAAAGCUGAAGUUUAGUAUUGUCAUGAGGCUACCAGAGGCUCUUGGUCAAAAGGUCCGCCAGUACUGGAAUCAUCCGAUAAAUGCAAAUUUAAUAGCACGGAAAUAUGUGAAACUUUUGCUUGAGAAGCUGGGAAACAGGCAGUGCAGCAGGCCUAUCCCUGAGAGACUCUCCUUCCCCGUGGAGUUUUUGCCACUGAACUACCUGACUAAUAUGCUGGCAGAGAUAGAGAAUCAAGGUGUGCAGCCAUAUGAAAAACAAGACCAUGUAAAUGUAAGAUUUGUAGAGGAAACAGCACUCAAGCACACUAUGACACUUCUGGGCCUCAAAUACUCCUGAAAUAACAUGCUGUUGAAGAAGGCUGGCAAACUGUGGUGGCUUUGUAAAAGUAUUUAUUUAAAUGCAGUGUUGCUUCCCAAAUAACCUGCAGUUUUGGGUAGUCCCCAGUACUGACGUGAGCUACUAAAACAGUGUUUGGUCCAACAAACUGAGGUUGAAAUUACUGACUUCUAGAUAAAUCCUAGAGAAAUGCAUUUGACAUAACCCUAGGUUUGAAAUAUAUCUGUGGGUUCAUUUUGAAGGGGUCAAGGAAGUGGAACAACAGUGUCAAAACAUACUGUGAAAAUUGGUAUAAAUGUCACUUCUUUUAAUAAGACAAUGCUGGAAAAGGCAGUCCAAUUGCAGGGUUAGAAGAACUAGUAACUGUUUACUUGGAUUUAUAAAAGGAUUUCUUGGUGUGAUUGUAUAAAGCAGGUAAGAAUAAUGGAUGACUUUUUAUGUCAGACAUGAGUAAAGAGAUAGUCAUUCCUUGUGAUGGUAUCAGUUAACUUAUGGUACUUCUGCUUCUAGAGCUGCAUUCUAAUAUUUUCAGUUUUGUAAUUAGCACAAAAUAUAAUCUCCUUAAAGUGCAUAUGACAGAUUUUGUUGAGGAUUUGUUUGUUUGUUUGUUUGAGGGUUUUUUUGUUGUUUUUUAAAGAUAUGUAUAAUAUAUUGUACGUAAUAUAGGAUAAGAAAAAAGCUUUAGAAAUUGAUCUUAACAGUGGCUUGGACAGAGAUUUACAUAACCCUUUCUUACAACUUCUAGUGUUACAGUUCAAACUUCAGCCUCAGAAGGAAAUUAGGCAGGCUGUUUUUCCUUUGUUUUCAACUUCUGUUUGUAUGUAACUGAGCCAAUAUUGUUUGCUCUUUUUUAAAGUUCUGAACUGUAACAUUAAUUUCAAAUAGGAAUAGCAAUUUGCUACACUGAGAAAAUUGCCAAGUUGUGCCAUGCAGGAUUUCUGCAGCCUUUAUUGGAUUUUAAAAAAAUUUACAAAACUCCAGACUAUUAAACUAGAGAAACUCAUUAAUAUUUUAUAUAUAUGGGAGGUUUUCAAAACAACCUCUGAUAUUCUUUCUGAGUGGUCUCCAUUGGUGCUCCCUGUUCCUUACCAGAGAAAUAAAAAGAUCCAGUUCCUGGGAGUGACUUGGCAAGUUGAUGGUCACUCCCUUGUCAUUGCCAUCAGUGAAGCUUUAGCUUUCUUAGUGACUGCAUCGUGAGAAGGAAUAUUUUUCUUAAUAUAAUUAGAAUUUCUCUGGCAAGUGAAAACCCCAGUCCCAGACUGCAGAAAGCCAUGUUGGUGUAUGGCUAAAGUGAUGGCCACUUUGUAUUAUAUUAAUAACAGGAAAAUAUUUUCUAGCCUUUUCUUUUGAAUGUAUUUUACCAUACCUUCUGAUGCAAUAAAACUUCAUCUGGAAAAACAA